AUGUUUUUAUUCACAGUAUUAGUCGCUGGACUGGGGUCACUAUUUGCUCCCUUGACAGGAGCAUUGGCUAUCACCGAUGGCUUUAAUCAACAGAAUUUGGGCGCCUCGGGCCACUCCUCAUCAUUCAUUGAUGGGAGUAUUUUCAAAAAGCACGGGGAGAUGAGUACUCUUAUCGAGACUCAAAAUGAGUUCCACAUUGAGGACGAUUUCAACCCUCCAUACAGCGGCAUCGCAACAUUUGCCCAUCUGAAUUGGACCAACUGUUUUGUCCCGGCUAGCGAUGAGAGCUUCGAUAUUGGAAUUGUCGGUGCGCCAUUUGAUUUGGGUGUGACUUAUCGACCGGGUGAGCGUUUCGGACCUUCCGGGGCAAGAUCGGGCUCUCGCCGAUUGGAUCCGUCUAUGGCCUACAGCAUGGAUCAUGGUGUAAAUCCUUUCCUAGACUGGGCAUCCGUGGUUGACUGCGGUGAUAUCUCCAACACGCCAUUUGACAAACUACAGGCUGUCCACGAGCUGGAAGCUGGAUGGGCCAAGAUUGGCUCGAGAAAACCACAAAAUAAGGGAAAGGGAGACCAUGUUAGACUUAUUUCCCUUGGAGGAGAUCAUACUAUCACGCUACCCGCGUUGCGAGCAUUGCAACAUACAUGGGGCAAGGUUGCAGUCCUGCACUUUGACUCCCAUCUUGAUACAUGGGAUCCCAAGCAGCUGGGUGGUGGGCUAACCAAGUACUCGGAAGUAACCCACGGAAGCAUGCUUCAUUUGGCACACAACGAGGGGCUGCUCUCCGAGGAUAGCAAUAUGCACUUGGGAUCGCGAUCAAUGUUAUUUGACAAAACGUAUGACCUCAAGAAUGACGCUCGCUGUGGAUUCACUGCUAUUCGUGCGCGCAUGAUUGAUGAAAUUGGAAUCGAUGAGAUCGUUCGAAGAAUCGUUGAUACUGUUGGCGAUAAUUAUGUCUAUGUCAGCAUCGACAUUGAUGUGCUUGACCCAGCUUUCGCCCCUGCGACGGGAACUAUUGAGCCAGGUGGAUGGACAUCCCGGGAGCUUCUUCAGAUACUGAGUGGCCUGUCCCAGGCCGGUUUGCCAAUUGUUGGCGCAGAUGUCGUGGAAUUUUCGCCGGUCUAUGACAAUAGGGCCGACACCACAGCGAUCACCGUGGCUCAAAUUGUCUACGAGGUCCUACAGUGGAUGGUUCGAGUCCCAGUGAAGAAAUAG